AUGGAAGCCGACUUUAGACUAAUGGACGAUUUUAUAAACCAAAUAGAAAGAGGAAGAAACAAUUUUAAAAAAUCACCUAAAGAUAGAAUAACUGAAACAUAUAUCAGUGCGAGAUUGAAAAGCUUGGAAGGCACAAUGCUUAAGUUCAAUCAGAAGCACGAAGAGAUUAUAUGUGCAUACAAAAAGGAGAAAUUAGACGAAAGUUAUUAUGUCAAAAAUGAUAUAUUUAAUACUGGUUAUGAAAUUUACUUAACUUACAAGAGUGAGCUUAAGACAGUGUUAAACUCCAUAGAGAAAUCGUCGUCUAUAAGCCGGGAACCUUCUAAAUCUCACGGAAAUAAAGACUCUAUUGUUCGAUUACCGAAAAUAUCUAUUCCAGUGUUUGGGGGUAGCUAUGCAGAAUGGACUUCAUUUAAGGAUCUCUUUACGUCGUUAGUACAUAACAAUGCUGCUUUAGAUGAUGUUCAGAGGUUACAUUACUUAAAAACUCAAGUAAAAGGAGAAGCAGAACAAUUAAUAAAGCACAUUCCAGUUACACGUGACAAUUACCAGAAAUGUUGGGAACUAUUAAAAAAUAGAUAUAGUAAUAAGCGGUUUAUGUCAAAUUGUAUUUUAAAGCGUUUGUUUGCUCAACGUACUAUGUCUUUUGAAUCGCCUAAUGCUCUCAAGGAUUUACUUGAUACCACAACGGAUUGUAUACAUGAAUUGUCUAAUUUAGGUAUUCAGGUAGAGUCUUGGGACGUUAUUAUCAUUUAUAUUGUUAGUAUGAAAUUGGACGAUGAAACGAGGAAGCAGUGGGAAUUGUACGUUAAUAGCUUAUCAGUAGAGUUACCUAAAUUUAAUAAUUUUAAACAAUUUUUAGAAGAACGUUUCCGUGCGCUAGAAUUUGUAGAGUCUUCAAAAAAUAAAUUUAAGCCAGUAAAACAAACUACUUAUCAGCCUAAAUCUUUGCACGUCGCUUCCAAAACAAUUUGUCCUCAUUGCGCUGAAAAUCAUAAACUGUUUUCCUGCAGUAAGUUUGCCAAGCAGGAUCUUGAUAGCCGUCAGUCUAUAGUUAAGACAUUAGGUCUUUGCUAUAAUUGUUUGGGAACCAAUCAUACAGGUAAGCUGUGUCGUGUACCAAUAACGUGUCGUAUAUGCAGAAGGAAGCAUCACACGCUUCUUCACGGUAGAGCCAGUUCGAAGACUGAUGACUCAGAAGAGCCAAAACCGGAAUCGUCUUUAAAGACGAAUGAAGCCACUAACAAUAAUAAUAUUGUUAGUCAUUUUGUGACAGAUCGAAUACAGAGCCAAACCUUAUUAGCAACAGCUUUGAUAAAAGCUGAGUCCAACAAUGGUUCGUCUCAGAUAUUAAGAGCGUUGUUAGACCAAGGAUCGCAAGCGUCUUUUAUUUCGGAAGCAGCUGUUCAAUACUUAUGUUUAAAUAAAACAGCAUCAAAGACUUACAUUUCAGGUUUAGGUGGCGGUCAGAGUGACUUAACCUCAAAAUAUGUGGUUAUGGUAAACAUGCAGUCCCUUCAUGACCCCACGUUUACAUUACAGGUAAAGGCUCAUGUAUUACGGAAGGUAACUUCAGUGUUACCAGAGAAAAAAUUUCACUUACCUAAUUGGGAAGACAUAGGUCGUAUUAGGUUGGCAGAUCCUCAAUACAAUUCACCUAAUAGGAUUGAUAUUUUAUUAGGGGCCGAGGUAUAUUGUAAGAUCCUGAAAAAUGGGGUACUAAAACACCCUACUGGUUCUAUGAUUGCGCAGGAUACUUACCUUGGAUGGGUAUUGUCAGGAUUAGUAAAUGAAGGCAACAUUAGUGACCCCAAAUGUCAUAAUGUUAUUGUGAAUAUGCAUAUUCAACUCGACGAUCACGAUCUCUUUAAACGUUUUUGGGAAAUAGAAUCAGAACCUAACUUGGAACGCGGAAAAGUCUUGACUCCUGAGGAGCAAGAAUGCGAAAACCAUUUUGCCGCUACUAAAAGUAGAGACGAAAAUGGUCGCUAUGUAGUCGAAUUGCCUUUCCGACCCAAGACGAAUGUUGAAAAUAUUUAUGGAGAUACAAGAACAAUUGCAGUAAAGAGAUUGUUUAGUCUGGAAAAGAGAUUGUCAAAAAAUUUAGAAGUAAAGAAGGAUUAUGCAGAAGUAUUAAAGGAAUACAUUACUCUUGGUCAUAUGGAAGAAAUAAUAGAAAAGGUAGAAGAAACGGGGGAAAAAGUAUGGUUACCGCAUCAUGCAGUUUUGAGACCGGAUAAAAGUACGACCAAAACUAGAGUUGUAUUUAACGCUUCAGAUCGAAGUGCCAAUGGCGUGUCUUUAAAUGACACUUUAAUGGUCGGCCCGACUUUGCAGCCGGAAUUGCGACAUAUCAUAAUGCGAUGGCGGAUGCAUCCUAUCUGUCUUACUGCUGAUAUCAUAAAAAUGUACAGACAGGUAAAGAUAGCUAGAAAACAUGUUGACUAUCAGAGAAUAGUUUAG